GCUGUUCAGUGAGGGGGGAAACUUUGCUCCUAGGGAAGUGAGACAGUUCCAGAGGAGACUGAAGGAGGAGACGAGACAGCUGCGAGGGACAGAGGAGUCCAUCUUUUCUGAGCUGGAGCUGUUUGAGUCCAGGAGUCUGCAGCAGGUGAGGGAGGCGUCGGGAUGCUUAGAGGACAAAUUGUCCCUCCUGCAGUCUGAGCUGGACUUUAUGGAGGACGUCCAGAAAAUCAUCAGCAGAACCAGGGUCCACAUCAAGGCCCAGGCAGCAGACAGCAGUCGGCAGCAGCACGACAUCAGCAGCUGCCUGCAGGAGCUGAAGAACGCCAUGGACAACACACAG